AUGCUGGUGGUCAUCACAGCACACAAGGCUGUUCACAUGACAGAGGACAGCCACACCAGCCUAAAGCAAUGGGUGGUGCCACUGGUAGCAUCCAGUGACGUGGCAGCAUUCAAGGACCCUCACUUGGAUGCUCCAGACGACUUAGUGCUGCGCAUGGCUCACCUUGCCCUCGCCUGCACCGCCAUGCCCACUGCCACCCGCCCUUCCAUGACUCGAGUGUUGGGCGAUUUGCUGGCGAUGAAGGAAGAGGUGAUGGGGGCUGAAGUGCACAGAGCUGCAAGCCGAAUUGACAGGGAGAUUGGAAGUUCAGCUGACCCGGUGGACUUUAAUGUCAAACUGGCUCGAGUAGAACAGAUGGAUGUGCAAAGUGGAAAUUUUAGUGUGUAA